CUGUUCACUUGCUUGACUUCGACAUUUCUCAGCUUCUACGACCAAUCUCUUCACUGAACAACCUCAGAACCGUUUAUAACAUUUCUUGGAACUGGUUUCCAUCUGCACGGCUACCUCUGACGGUCCAUAUCUGACUCACAGCCUUCGUUGACGGCCCUCCAUUCAGGUCGGAAUUUGAAUGAUGUCCUUUCAGGACGACCCCCUCAUGAUACUUCUGCCUAUCCUUAUCGUUCUAUCCUCGCUGUUAUUUCUCCUGCUUCUAUUUCUGGUCUGCGCAGUUGUGUUGCGUAAGCGGCGCGGUAUCGCGCUCAGCGAUUCCGACGGCCCUGUAGACUUGAGCCGUGAUGAGUUUGCUGAGGGCGCUGGAGGCUUCACGGGCGUUGAGAGUCGCUGGCUAGAAUCAAUUGACGAGGGGUCCCGCAGACAGUAUCAACGUGCUAAAGACUUUCAGUUGCAACAUCCCCCGAAUUCGUUGCCAACAGAUAUAACCCUCUCGCAAUUCCUUACGAUACAGGAGAAAGGGGUUUCGGCAUGGUGUUUUGAACCAGAUUAUGAGACAAUGCCAUCCGUCCUCGUCCAUGCUCGCACCGAGUUAACGUUUCUCCCGGAUCCGCUCACUCCUACCACUGUGCAAUCGAAUCUUCCAAUACCUAAAUUGAAUGAGGUUUACUACUGGGAAGUGAAGAUGUUUGAACUUCCAUCAACGACGAACAUUUCCGUUGGACUUGCCACCAAACCAUACCCUCUAUUCCGAAUGCCCGGUCAUAGUCGGUUCUCGAUAGCUUACCAUUCGAGCGGCGAUAAGUCUUAUAAUUACCCCUUUACGUCUACACCAUUUGGCCCGUCUUUAAAGGAAGGUGACGUUCUUGGUGUUGGUUAUCGACCACGGUCGGGCACGGUCUUCUUCACCCGCAAUGGACGAAAGACGGAAGACGCAUUUGUUGGCCUUGGAAAGUGGAAUUUGUUCCCCUCGAUUGGUGCGGACGGGCCUUGCAAUCUUCACGUUAAUUUGGGCCAGGCAGGAUUUGUUCACAUUGAAGCGCAGGUUAAGAAGUGGGGACUGGCACCUAGCGUUGGCACACUGGCACCCCCUCCUGCCUAUGGCAGCGACUCUGGGAGCAUUCUUCUAGCAACAGGGGGUUCAAACAAUCCCGCUGGUGUGCCAGCACGGUCCAGAUCACCGCCACCUCCUGUUGAUGGGCCUGGUGUUGCAUCUUCAUCAAACUCAGCCUCAUCGUCGCGACGGUCCGCUCGGAGGCCCCAAUCAGCUUCUUCUGCCAAGUCACACCAGCCAUCGUCGCUACGAGUGAGCACCCGUCGUCCGCGUCAGUCCCACCCAGACCCCAUCUCAGAGGAAGAUCUGAACGAAGCAGCCAGCGGUGUGAGGCCAUCUGGUCGAUACGUUUCCCCUACAGAUGUAGAGUAUCACAACCGGACCCGAAGACGGUUUGCGGAGGAUGGCGCUGAGCUAGAUGAAGACGAGGAAGAAUGGGAGACAGAUUCCGAAGAAAUGCAGAGAUCAGAAACGGCCGUGUUAAUCGAACAAGGUCCUUCGUCGCAUCGUGGUAAUCAAAGCGCAACGCUUUCCUUUCGGGCAACUGUUCCACCUCAAAGUGCGCCACCUUCACCCGAACAGCCUGCAAACCCACCCACCCCCCAUACGUCCGACAUCCGGCUCCAUGAUCUUCAUUCAGAUGUUCCCACUUCUUCUCCCGCACUCAGCCCACUGCCAACCGGUAUUCCACCCCCAGAGUAUACCAUUGUGGAUCCUGCUCGGUACCCGGAUGGUGUCACUGUGGACAUUCCUCCAGACAUGCUCAUGGCUGCUUUGGACGACACCCGAUCAACCCCUUCAUCACCCGCAGGAAGAUAACAUGUGCACCGAAGUAAUCAUAUUGUAACCUCUUUGUUCUUUUCGUGUCGAUCUGUGAAUUUGUAGUGCAUAUACUGUUUUUGUCGGUAGUUGCGACUUAAUCAAAUGACUCUUCUUGCUACAUAAACC